GUCACCCAAAAAAAAAAAAAAAAACAAGGCUAGACAUCCAUGUUAAAGGGUCCCUUCAAAGCUUGAAGUGAAUCAUAUGAUCAAACCUAGGACAUGGCCGAGGAGCUGAAACUGUUCAGGACAUGGUCGAGCCCCUAUGCUUUGCGGGUCGUCUGGGCACUGCGGCUCAAGGGAAUCCAAUAUGAAACCGUCCUGGAAGACGUCGCCGAGAAAAGCGACAUUGUUCGUCGGUAUAACCCGGUUUACAAGAAGGUGCCGGUGCUUCUCCACAAUGGAAGACCGAUCUCGGAGUCCCUGAUAAUUCUCGAGUACGUCGACGAGACAUGGAAGCAACACCCGCUUCUCCCACAGGAUCCUCAUGCAAGGGCCAUGGCGCGAUUCUGGGCCAGAUUCGGCGACGACAAGGUUAUGCAAUCGAUGUGGACUGCUUUUUUAAGCGAAGGCAAAGAGCAAGAAGCAGCUCUUGCAGAGACAAGUGAGCACCUGCAGAAGCUGGAAGAAGAGCUUAGAGGGAAGAAAUUCUUUGGCGGAGACAGCAUCGGAUAUCUGGACAUCACAUUUGGAUGGUUGGCCAAUCUGAUCAGGGUCUUGGAGGAGACAUCCAGCCUCAAAGUGGUAGAUUGUGAGAGGUUCCCACUCCUGUUUGCAUGGUUGAAGGAGUUCUCAGAUGCUCCAGUAAUCAAAGAUUGCUGGCCACCCCAUGACCAGCUCGUCCCCAAGUUUGUUGCUCUCCGUCAACUUCAUCGCUCGAGAUUGUCAUCGACUUGACCUAUUUCCUUUUGUUGGAGGGUGUUUUAAGACUCAUGUUACUGUCAAUUUUCCAUCUUCUUAUGCCAGAAUGAUAUGCUGUGCUUGCUU